GCCCGCCGCCCGCUCCGCGCCCGCCCGGUGCUCGGCGCUGCCGGCGGGAUGUACGCCGGGAGGAAGAGGAAGAAGCCGGUGCCGAAGAGCCCCAAACCGCCACCCCCUGAGGGUGUGAAGUCCAACCCCUCCAAGCGGCAUAGAGACAGACUCAACCAGGAGCUGAACAAGCUGACUGGCUUGCUACCUUUCCCUGAAGAUGUACGCAUCAGGCUUGAUAAACUCUCUGUUCUCCGACUGGCUGUUGGAUACAUGAAGCUGAAGAGCUACUUGGCGGUCACAGCUGCAGCUACAGAUGUUGGCGACUGCAUGCUGGAUCAGCCCAGAGCGCUGUGUGGGAGUGGACAGACGGACCUGCAGGUUGACAAGCUGUUUCCCGAGGGGGAAUUGCUGCUCCAGGCACUCAACGGAUUUAUCAUCACCGUGACUGGAGAUGGCUACAUCUUCUACAUCUCCCCUACUGUGCAGGACUACCUGGGCUUUCAUCAGUCGGAUCUCAUCUACCAGAGCGUGUACGAGCUGAUCCACAUGGAUGACAGAGACGCCUUCCGCCGCCAGCUGCAUGGAGCAGCUGCCAGCACCCAGCAUGCUGCCCAUGCCCUUCCUGCUGGCCAGCCACAGCUGGCUGGAUGCAGCAUCACAUCCAGCCCCCAGCACCUCUGCCCCAAGAAACCCUCCUGCAUGGAGAGGAGCUUCACCUGCCGCUUCCGCUGCUUGCUGGAUAACUCCUCAGGAUUUCUGGCCUUGAAUUUCCGCGGGCGCUUGAAAUUCCUUUAUGGGCAGCAGAAGAAGGCAUCAGACAGGUCCCUGCUGGCUCUCUUUGCCAUCGCAACUCCCCUCCAGCCGCUCUCCAUCCUGGAGCUUCGGACCAAGACGCUGAUCUUCCAGACAAAGCACAAGCUAGAUUUCACUCCCAUGGCCUGUGAUUCGCGGGGGAAGGUUGUCUUGGGGUACACAGAAACAGAGCUGUGCCGGAGGGGGUCCGGGUACCAGUUUGUGCACGCGGCUGACAUGAUGUACUGUGCGGAGAACCAUGUGAAAAUGAUGAAGACGGGGGAGAGCGGGCUAACGGUUUUCCGGCUGCUGACCAAGAAGGGCGGCUGGGUGUGGGUGCAGGCCAACGCGCGGCUGGUGUACAAAGGGGGCAAGCCCGACUGCAUCAUUGCCCAGCAGCGAGCCCUGUCGAAUGAAGAAGGGGAGGAACAUCUGCGGAAGAGAAACCUGCAGCUGCCUUUUAGCUUUGCCACAGGGGAAGCAGUCUUAUACGGGAAUGACCUUCCUGAGUUCCUGGAUUCCUUCCAGGCUAAGGAGGAGUUGCAGACACAAGCAAACUCCCACUCCAACCAGUGCUCAGUAGACCCCAACUCUCUUCUUGGGGCCAUGAUGAAGCAGGAUGCAUCCAUAUACAUCUCCCACGCUGAUAACACGCCUCAGUUCUCCUUGCCAGAUCUCAUCACUGAGCCUGAUGGACUGAGCCAUCGUGAGGAAGUUGGUGAUGCCAAGGAGGACAGCAACUCCCUUCUGGUUGUUAUCAAAACCCUCUUUGAGAAGAGUGAGGUGGAUGGAAACAUCUGCCAGAACCUCCAGAGCCUCAACAUGGACAAUGCAGAGCUGCAGCAGUGGGAGGAGGCUCUGCUCAGCCUGGGUGCAGAGCAAGAGCCAUCAGCUCAGGAGGUUGGUGAGAGGCCAGGCACUGAGAUGACCUCCUAUGCGGAGCAGAUGCUCCUCAGGGAGGAUGCUGGGAAGAGCAUGGACUUCCCACGCUGCAGUGCAUCACCCCGUAAUGAGGAAAACAGUGCUGUGGCUCACUUCCAACACUGCUGGGCAACUAAUUCGGUGUUUCAAGCCCCUCCACAGCCCCAGGCACCUGGUGCACAAGGCCAAGAUGCUGCGGUCUCUCGAGUCUCUGUUACAUCUGAGGUCAACUCUGCUCCACCAAAACAGCAGGUCCCGGCUAACUCAGCUGGGCUGGUCGGGGGAACUGUUCUGGAUUUCCCAGGCUUGAGCAGCAAGCACUCUGCAGCACUUCAGCUGUCAAACCUGGGACAAGUGCUUCAAACAGAAGUUACCACCUCUGCUCCUGUAGAUAACACUAUUCUGGAUGAUCAGAGCCAGCCCGAGUGUGAGCUGGUGAACUCAAGCUGCCCACCUCCAUUGCACUCCAACGCGCUAGUGACUCGGUGGCACAAUGUCCCAGUCCAGGCAAACCCAGCCAAUGCUUUGGGUCACAGUGCUUCUCCUGGAUGUUGCCUGUCAGAGACUUGGAUGGCCACAGCUCCAAAACAGCUGGAAGCAACAGGAACGCACCUGGAGUCACAAACUCUGCUGAGUGGCAGCCCUGAGUGUCCCCUGGGGCCUGGGCUAUGGCUGCUGCCAUCCCAACCUGCCCCUUGUCCUGCACAGAGCUUCCAUGAGUCCUUGUUCUCUGGGGCUGGGGACUUCCACGGUGAGGAGGUUGCUCUCCCUGCGCGAGCCUCAGCACCUUUAGGAGUCAGCCAGCUGCCAGGGGAUGGUGGCUGCCCCAAACAGUCCCCAAUACUCCCCCCAGAGCCCAGCUUUUCUUGGGAAGGGGAGCAGGACAAGUGGUUCAUGCAGCACCAGCCAUGGCUCCUGCGAUCUGGGGCAGCUCCUCUGAGAUUCGGUGGGGCAGGUCUGGCACAACACAGCGGGCUCUUGUUGGGGUCCGGCACAAGUCCCAGCGCCCACCAGAUGGACCAUGUGUUGCUGCCUGAGUCCCAGCACAGAAAUAACCUCUUUGGACAUGAGAGUGCCUUUCUGAGGGAUGCCUCUAAAACAUCCCUUCCCCAGCAGCUGGGUGCUUCACCUUGCCCUGAUGAGAGUCACCCUGGAGCUUCAUGUUCCUCACAGGGCUCGGGUUCAAGAUGCUCAUCAGCUCUCCCUGCGAAGGUGGCUGCAGGAGUGCCCCCCUCCUCUGAGCAGGGCCCUGGCUUCCCAUCGGCAUCCUUUGUAGGCAGACAGCCGCACUGUGCCUGUGAGGUCCAGCUCAAGGUGAGGUGCGAGGGCUGCAGGACCUGAGGGCUAUACCGGCUGCCACAGAUGGAGCAAGGGAGGAUGCUGAGAAGGUGCCAGCACAGCAUCGGUUGGGGGCAGCCUGUUUUGAAGCCUCACUGUGAACUAGGAGCCACACCUUGAAAAGCCACCAGCAAUUACAAGCUCUGCUGGCUGUGCACACCUGUGAGUGGUGCCCCAUGCUUCCUGCUCACUCAGGAUUUUGUCUUCCAGUGCCUGAGAUGAGGUGCCCUAGCAGAGCUUCAGGCGGCCUAGGAUGAAGUGUUUUUUGUUUUCCCAUGAGAAGUCUGACAAACCUCCCUGCUGGCAGGGCUGCAUCUCCCUGAAAGACCCCCUGCUCACCAGUCCAUGCGUUCCUGGCACCCUCUUGCAGACACACCUGCUGGGCUUACAGGCACCACAGCACUGAAUUGCAGUUUCUUGAUGCUGCAUGGUCUCCUCAUCACCUGUGUGUGGACCACCCUUGUCAUGUUGCUGUUUGGUCCCCUGUAUCAUCUUAGCCUGCCUGAGCCCCUUUGCUCUGCUCCUUGCUCCCUCUCUCCUGUGCUCUCCAUCUCCUUUCCUCCUCCCAAGCCCCAGUUCCUUUGAAAAAGGUGGUGUUACCAAGCACUUUGAGAAGCUCAGCAGCAUUUGAAGGGUCUCCAUGGGAGGUGGAGUUGGUGAGAGCAGAGGCAGCUUGGGAUUUUGGGCUCCUCAGCAGCUUUUCCAGGGAGUUUGGGAGAGGCGGGUACCAGGCUGUAACCUUCCCUUACAGCAGUGUGGGGAAGGUCCAGCCAAGCUCCCCUUGGCUUUGUCAUGGGCUUGUCCUUGCCUUGCUGUCCUGUGCUCGGCAGUGCCAUCGGAUGGAGGAACAAUGGGGUUUACUCCUGCAGUUGCUCAGUACAGCGUGGUUUUGCCCAAGCAGUGAGAAAUAAAGGGAAGCGAUGCAGGGACUGCUGUCUGCCUUCAGAUCAACUUUGUGCUCUUUAAACUCCUGGAGACCAGCAAAACCACUUUGAAUUCACUUUCUUUUGUAUUUCUUAUCCUACGGUGUGAAUUUUUUUUUUCCCCGCUACGGUGCAAAUUCUCCCAGAUCCAUCAGGGAAAACUGAUAGAAAAAGCAAUGUGGGGGGAGAAAGGGUUUGAUUCAAGACCAGAUGUGGCAAGCCAGCUUGGUCAGAGUGGUUGGGGACCUCCACAUCAUCCCCCCCUUGCACCUGUCUCCCUGAGCAUCACAUCUGCCUCUCACACCAGUGUUAAGCCAAGUAAGUAAAAUUGGGUAAUUAGUGCAGGGCUAGCGCAGCAGCAAGCCUGCAAUGUGUCCUGGUGUGGAGUGGCCUCAUCUCCUUGGGUCUCUUUGUGUCCUGCUUUGCCUUGCUGUACCCGGGCUCCUGGGGCUGCUGACAGGGCAGGAUGGGGCUCAGGAAGGCUUGAGCUCCUGGCUGCAGUCUGGGAGCAGAGCGAUGCUGGAAACAGGCUGGACCCCUCUGAAGUGGCCUGGAGGAGCAUCUAGGAUGGGGCGAAGAGCUCACUGGCUGUGAUGGGGAGCCUUACAAAUCAGCGGACCCAAAAAAGCAGCAGGAUGGAUUCUGCUCACCAGCCUUUGCUGUCCUGGCACCUGUAAGAUGAUGUAAAGCAGUGCAUGGCCCGAGCCAGGGGGUCCUGAGGGCUCGCAGCUCUACCUUGGGGAGGGGGUACCCCACCAGGCUCUGCUGGUUGGGGCCGAGACAGACCCCUGGUGCUGUGUUACUUGUGUCUUUUCUCUUUAUACCUUGUGUAUGUGCAUGUAGCGUCUAUUUUCCUGGUAGUGUCUCAUUUUACGCUUUGUGAUUUCUUUGUAUUGCUGUUGGCAGAUGGAUGAUG